GCACAGUGUUGUGUUGUAUUUAUAUGGUCCGUGCGCCAAUACUUAAUCGGAAUUUUUCAUCGUCUCUAUCUCAUUUGCGACACAUGCGCCAAACCACACAAUUAGAAGCCAACUUAGAUCUUUACUUAAGGGAGUAACAUAAUUCAGUUUAAGACACAAUACAAAAUGGCGGAAGAUGAACACAAGUCGAAACGACGAAAAACAAAGGCGACAAAUAAUACAUCCGUUGUGAAAAUUGGGAACAAAGAGAUAGAUCUAAGUGCAUAUCUUCAACCUCAGAAAAAGCCAAUACAACAGCCAACAGAACAGUCAUCAGAAAAUGAGCCGAAUAAUACAACAUCAGAGCCCAAGCAAGAGCCUGCUGAGGAAGUUAAAUCAGAUACUCAUAAGAAAAGGGAGCCAAAAGACUCAAAACAAUUCAAAAGUAGCGGAGAUCCGGCCUUGCUGAAAACUCGCAAGGCAUUACCGAUAUGGACACAUCAAAAUGAGAUCAAGGCUAGCUUGCGGGACAAGAAUAUACUUCUCAUCGUUGGUGAAACUGGUUCAGGAAAAAGUACUCAAGUCCCUCAGUUCCUAUGCGAUGAGCCAUGGUGUCAGAAGAAAAAGGUUCGGAUACAGUCCGAUACGGUGAAUGUAGGCGGGAUGAUCGCUAUUACCCAGCCGCGACGAGUUGCAGCUACAACACUCGCUAAUCGAGUUUCGCGGGAGAUGGGAACGCCACUGGGGAAAUCGCGUGAAGGGUCUGUUGGAUAUUCAGUUCGAUUCGACCAUAACAUCCCAAAGGGUACGAAAAUCAAGUUUCUCACUGAAGGAAUGUUGCUCCAGGAACUUUUACGGGAUCCAAAUCUGCGCCAAUACAGCGCGAUUAUUGUUGAUGAAAUACACGAGAGAAGUGUUGACGUCGAUCUUAUUGCUGGGUUCCUAAAGCAGAUAUUGUCAAGCGAUAAUGCAGGACGAGGAGGCGUUCCCCUAAAAGUGGUUAUCAUGAGCGCCACCGCGGACGUGGAGAAAAUCCAAGAUUUUUUCAACCCGCAAGGCUCGGACUCAGCUGUUCAAUUACUCCGAAUAAAAGGAAGACAAUAUCCCGUGGAGAUUAAACAUACAAUCAAUCCCGUCCCCGAUAUCCAAGAAGCUCUUCUUAAACGAAUAUUUGAUAUUCAUUUGCAUGAACCAUUGCCGGGCGACAUCCUAGCUUUUCUCAUCGGCCAAGAGGAAAUCGAAUCUGCUCAGCGCCUUAUCGAAGAACAUUGUGCAACGUUAGCAUCCGAUGUACCGAAAUUGUCAGUAUGUCCACUAUACGGCCAACUCUCUAUUCAAGCGCAACAAGAGGCGUUCCAGCCUGCCAAAAAGGGCUUCACACGAAAAGUAGUCUUGGCCACAAAUAUUGCCGAAACGUCCGUCACGGUCCCAGGCGUUCGCUAUGUAAUUGAUUGCGGAAAAGCCAAAGUCAAGCAAUUCCGAUCACAAUUAGGAAUCGAGUCACUAUUAGCAAAAGCAAUAUCAAAAUCAUCCGCCAUACAACGAACCGGUCGAGCUGGUCGUGAAGGCUCAGGAAAAUGCUACAGACUCUACACAUCCGAGACAUACGGUUCUCUCAAAGAUGCCGACCUACCUGAGAUCCUGCGUAACGAUGUCUUAGGCGCGGUCCUAACCAUGAAAGCCCGCGGCAUAAACGACAUCCUCUCCUUCCCCCUGAUGGACUUCCCAGACCUCGAAUCCGUCGAAAAAGCCCUAUUACACCUACACUUCCUCGACGCCCUAUCCGACGACGGAAGCAUAACCCCCAUAGGUCGCAAACUAGCCCUCUUCCCCGUCUCCGCACCCUACGGACGCGUCCUCCUCGCAGCAGCCGACCCCCAAUUCGACUGCCUCCUCGAAGUCAUCGACGUAAUCGCCUGCAUCACAAGCGGUGAAAACAUAUUCCACCAACUCCAAUCCGAGGAAGCAAGGGAAGAAGUCGAAGAAUACCGAAAAGAAUUAUACCGUCGCGAGGGUGAUAUUCUGACGUACUUAACCACAAUCCAACGCUACGCAUCCGAAAACUCGGAUCGCGUGGCUUGGUGCGCGCAGCGCAAGAUAAAUAUGAGGAAUUUGCGACAGGCGCUUAAUAUCCGUCGGCAACUGCGUGGUAUAUGUCUCUCCCAGCAUCUCCUCCCCUCUCCCCCACCACCGGAUCCCCAACCUUUUAUCCCGAUGUCGCCGGAGCGCGGGACGGCGUUGUUGAAAUGUUUCAUGCGAGGGUUUAGUACGAAAUGCGCGUUACUGGCUCCGGAUGCGAGUUACGUCACCGUGCAGGGGAAACAUGUUGUAGCUAUCCAUCCGUCUAGUGUUCUGCAUGGGGAGAAGAGGGAGGCGAUUAUGUUUUUGGAACAUGUGUUUACGCAGAAGAGUUAUGCGAAGAAGGUUAGUGCUGUGCAGGCCGAUUGGAUUGUUGAGGCUUUGGGAGGGGGGAGUUGAUAUGCCUAAAUCUCUUAUAAAAUACCAUUUUCAACCGUCGUAUAUAUAUAUAUAUAUAUGGUGUCUAGGAGCAGUGUAAUAUAUUGGCAAAUUAAGGUAUAAGGAGGU